GGAAAUUCAGACUCUUUAACUCUUCACUGGUUGUUCUGGAUGUUCAGAUCAUCACUCCGCUCUGCAUUGCCAUGAGGGUUAAGACUACAUGGAUGGACUGAGGUCACAUUUGCCUACAAGGGUCCAGCUUUAAUUAUGGUUUUAUCUCCAUCCCAGAGACUCUGGGUGCUGGCUGCAAUGGUGGUUGGGGUGGUGAAGCUAUCCGAAACCCUGCAGAAGUGCAUCUUCGAUGAGGUUCAGGCCCAGGCCAGGGUGGUCCGAGCUGGACCCGUCCACCCAGACAGUCCACCCAACGAGCUCAGACUCAGAGCCCAGGCCGGCCAACAUCAUCCAGGACGGAGGGCAUCACCUCUGCCUGGCCUGUCAGUGGAACAGAGGAAGAGCCUGAGAAAGAGAGCCCUGCCCACUCCUGUCUCUCCACAGCCGAUCAGGAUUCGGACCUGGAUUCCAAAAGAGAGCAACAACCUAGCGGAGGCUGAGAAAGAAAGGCUAGAAGCAGCAGUGGCAGAGGCUGUGAGGAUGGUGUCUUCUUUACUGUCAGUGAACAGAGUACCGGGUCCGUUGCGGCUCACUAGAGACAUCAACAAAUACUGCAAGUUUCUCUGGAGGAAUUCAAGCACUGCCAACUACAACAGGUGUGGUCGAGCCAACAUCAGAUACAGAUCUGAGACCUGCCUGGAUGUGACGAUCCCAGAUGAUCAUCUGGCCGGAUGUGAUAUUUACCCGGAGGCUGAUUCACCUCGCAGGGCUGUUCUCCGUCCUGAAGGUGCUGGACUCCCCGACACGGACUUCCUGCUGUAUCUCCACGUGCAGGCCACUGACAAGUGCCGAACUGAGCCUAACGUGUUGGCCUACGCUGUCCACUGCCAGGCAGACGCCUGUGAACGACCUGUGGCUGGGGUGGUGAUCAUAUGCAGGGACAGACUGACAGGAGCCGCAUACAGCUACCAGACUACUGUACAGACUGUGAUCCAUGAGCUGUUUCAUGCACUUGGUUUCUCCAAAGACCUCUUCCACACCUGGAGAGACUGUUCGUCCACUUCUCAAGUGGGUGCUGGCUGUUCUCCUCGAGGCAAAGUGACUCACCCUGAUGAAUCAGGCCAGAUGAGGAUUUACACCCCGUCUGUCAUCUCAGCCCUGCAGAAGCACCUGGAGUCCGCUGACCCUGAGCUAGGGGGGCCGCUAGAGAAUCUGGGUGUACCUCCAGGCAGCGUGUCCUCACACUGGGAGUCCCGGGUCCUGCAGGGCUCCAUCAUGGCGGCUGUGCUGGGGGACUCAACCACAGUCCGGAUCGACCCGGCCACCUUGGCUGCCUUACAGGAUACGGGCUGGUAUGCCGUAGACCUGAGCCGGGCACAGAGUCUAGUCUGGGGAGACGGUGAGGGAGCCAUGUUUGGUUCCCUUUCAACCUGUCAGGACAAUUCCUCAUCCUUUUUCUGCACGGGCAGUGGAUUUGGGUGUCAUUAUCUUCACCUCCACAAGGGGGAGUGCCAGACCGAUCAAUACCUGGAGGGAUGUCGAGUGUAUAAACCUCUCAAGAAUGGAAGUGAGUGCUGGAAAGGGGAAAAUGGCAGUCAGUCAACUGAAGAGGACCUGAGUGGGGAAAUUUUUGGCUUUGACAGCCGUUGCUUCUUUUCCAACCUGACCAGACAGAACCAAAGGGAGUUUAUUUUAUUCAGCAGCUCUGUUCAGGGAUGUUGUUAUAGACAAAGGUGCACUGGACCAAACAGAUACCAAAUCCAGGUGUCUGGCUCUGAAUGGGUGGACUGUCCAGCAGGGGGGACCAUUCAGAUUAAAGGAUACCAGGGUUUAGUUUUUUGCCCUGACAGAAGGUUAUGCCUGUACGCUGACAUUACACUGCCCUCAGACGAAGUCACUACAUUUCCUUCUUCUAUCACAAGCGAUCCCAACGAGACUUUAACUUCAGGCCAGAAUGGGACCUGGUUGCCCUCCAGACCUCCUACAGAGCUUGUUGAAGCCACAGCGCUCGGCAUCACUGCUGCUGUUUGUCUCCUGGUUGCAGUCGUGGUGUCUUACAGGAAGUGUUUCCCCUUCAGGAUCAGGAUCCACACUGCCCCAGAGAAUCACACUGAUCUGUAGCAAACACUGCCAUAAAACAUUCUGACUCAGUGUUGUAUAAACUAAAUGUACUAAAUAAAGAAUGCCUUGCAAGUGUU